AUGACUUCAUCCAAUCCUCACGCUCCAGAUCACAUUCCAGAUCGCCCACCACCUGAACUACCAAACGAGAUAUUCCUUCAAAUCAUUCAGAGAUGUCCUCGCCCAACUUUGAAGAAUGUGCGCCUGACUUCCAAGAAUCUGGCCCAAAUGGCUGAACCGUACCUUUGGAGCCAAGUGGUCAUCGUCCCCAACGAGAGUUGCGUUCUCGGCUUCAGCGAGGGCUUGAAGCACUCAAAAGUCACUCGACAUGUCACGAAACUAGUCUACGAUGCUCGUUUCGGCGGUUUUUCCACCCAUCUCAAAUCCUACCCACCCGAUCCUGGUUUGAUCGGCGUCGACGAGGAUAAGGCUCAGAUCGAGGCUGUACUCGAUCGUGUAUCUCAGGGUCGCUUCAAUGCCUACGAUGACAUGUCUUUCGAAGUCGUCAUGUUAUCCAAGGUUUUGAGACUUCUUCCCAAUCUGCAAGAGAUCCGAGUUCGUGACUACGACGAGGCCUCAAAUGCCACGAUUACAAAGGUCCCCCAGUUCUAUCGGAAGCUAUGUAGACUAUCCAAAGUGGAUCCCGACACCGUCGAUUUCGCAAAGAUGAAUGGUGGCAGUGGUCGUUCCUAUACCAAGGGUAUCAUGACGGCUGUCUUUUCCACUGAUUUACACAUUCAGAGCUUCAAGUCCAAAAAUCUCGAUGCUCGUUGCUUCUUUGGCCAAGGCAAUGCUUCGAUGAAGUCUUCUGGCGCCAACCAACAACUUCGCAUAUUCCAGGCUGUCGUGCGUCAUCUUCGUGUCCUUGACCUCUCUUUCAGAAAUGGAACCCUCAUGUCCACGGCGAGCCACAUCGAGUGUCUCCAAAUCAUUUUGAAGUCAUGUAGAAAGCUCAAGGAAUUAACCCUAUCCUUGACCGACUACACCACCACCCGCUAUCAGUAUCCCGACGAUGAGCUCACCUCUGAGUUGUCCAUCCUACUGGAAAGUUCCACCGGCUCUUGGAUGGCUCAACCAUUACUUCCCCGAUUGGAAAGUCUCAAAAUCGAUGCUUGUAUCUGUCACUCGGAAGACCUUAUUCAUUUCCUCAAGAUCCAUGCUACGACGUUACGGAAACUAGAGAUGUCCGAUAUUACCCUUCUGGGAGGCGACGACCGUCGAGAGUGCUGGGUUUCAUUGAUCAAAUAUUUCAAGACUCAUUUAAACUUAUCACAUGUGUCGUUCAACGGUUGGCUCACAAACGGCGGACGUCAACAUUGGUUCGUGGCCAAAGACAACAUCUGCGAGGAUCGCCUCAAAGCCAAGGUCGAGAAAUACAUCACCGAUAAGCGAAUCUCAGUCUGUCCACUUGAACCACUUGCGAUCCAGGUCAACCAGAGUGAUGUCGUGAAACCGGCCAAUGGUAAAGAAUGGGAAGGAGACAUCACAUGGACGAUGGUCUACAGCAGCCGGUUUGGAGGCGACCCAAUGGACUGGCAAUUGACUGUUCCUGUCUUUGGAGCCCCGUCCACUGGCGAUUCCGACCCGUCAACAGCAGACGAGGACGACAUCCAUUCAGUGAGCAGUGAACUCUCACCCGAGACUUGGAACGAAGAUGCUUCUGGACCAUUGCCUAGCACGGAGAUAGAUAUGGCCGAGCUGCUUGGAAAAGUAAUUCCAAAGGUGAAGAAUGGAGUCCCUCUCGCGGAUGCUUUUGCAGAGAUUGGAGUAAAAUGGCACCCCCACUUGGCCGCGGCUGUGUCCAAAUAUCUGAAGAAAAAGCAAUCAUUCGACGCUUGGGACGGUUGGGCUCCUUCACCCCCUACUAACACCAUGAACAACGACCAUUUCAACCUCUCCUUCGAUAUACUUGAUCCGGGGCCAGCGGAGGUAGUCUCUGUCGUGGAUGCCGCCCUCGAAUUCGACACGAACGAGCCCCCUGGGGCGGCGAGCAUGUUCAAAUACUUGAAGAAGAAGAAGAAGAAAUCAUCAUAUACCUACGCGCAAAGCCUUCCGCCAUCGGGCCCGCCCGCAGCUCCAGCGACUGCAUGGAGCUUUCCUCUUGUCGAGCCACCGAAGUUCGUUCCUGUCGAGUCUCAGCAGCCAAAAUUUCCGCCCAUCAUUUAG